AUGUCUACCAUGAGCAGGUCUCGCACAAGCCUCUCCCCGGCCGCCUCCGAGAGAUCCACCCUUCCAAUGGGUGCCUCCGCAGAACCGGGGAGCCCAGAGUUCAAACCCCUAGAGCCGACGAGGGAGCAGCUGCUUGCACAUUUUUUCGAAAGAUUCAAAUUCUACACAUCACUUUGCCUCGGAACGUCAGCCAUACUCGCCGUGUUUGCUUUCCUCUUCCUAAUCCCAUUCGUGGUUGAACCAGCUGUACAAACUAUACUGGCAGAAUUCGUACCUGAAGCAGGAAUAUGUUCUGUGUCAGCUCAUGUUCAUGCUGAGACACUGACGAAUUGCACGUGGGCGUCUUGUAGAGAAGGCUGUACAACCGCGCACACCAAGUGCCAUAAAAUAAGAGUGAAUUUAGCUAGAACCCCGUUUGUUGAAGGUGGGCCAGUACCAGCCGAAUGGGAUGAAACAGACUUGAAAUUUCUUAUAAAUCCUGAAGGUUGCGGAUACCCUCCGAGAGUGAACUGUUCGGUGUUUGCGAAUGAUUACGCGGGACCGGACGCACCAAAGAUAUUCCCUUGUUACUAUAGUUUGACAAGACCAGAUUUGGUAGUAGCGAGGUAUUCUUGGGAUUCUACAAUUCGAGGGCUGGUGUUGGCUCUGGUGCUACCAACGGCGGUAUUCGUUUUUAGUCUAAGUGUCCUCGCGUACUGGCAUUGUCGUUGUUGCGACAGGGCCUGCAAUCGAAGAGUGCACGCAGAAUCUUUCGCUAGUAAAGAGGAUAGCAAACUCCUGUGCGAGCUGGACGACGACCCCAGCGACGACGUGUUCUGACGCCGCGCCUCGUCCGCCCGCCGACGCGCCUCCCCCCGCACCGGUUACGCUCAACUAUGAAGACAAUCAUGGCGUAAAACAAGACGCAUUCGCCUGGGCAGCGGAUAAGUUUCUUUUCUUUUGCCAGUUCCUAAUAUUGUUUAUAGGUACCUCAGAUAAAUUCAAAUUUUUCUUAUUUUUUUUACGAUGGACGACGUAAUCAUCCCGCUUUUGGAGGAACGACGGGUGACAAAAGACUAAUUUAUAUUGCAUCACAUGCUAGGUUACCAAGCAACUUUUUUUUAGAUUUUUGUAAUUAGUGACAUUUGGAUAGCGACUGCAGCAGCAUUACUGUUGCAACGUUCGUUACUGCAGUGAUGUUGAGAGGGGCGGUGUAAUGUGUGAUAAAAUGAGUAACGACGGGCUGAAUGAUCAAUCUCUGCAGUAAUGCGGAAGACAGCACCGCAAUUUAUCAGGGAAAUUGACAGUAACGUCGCCCGGGUCAAUGCUGCUGCAUUCGUCAUCCGAAUGUAACUUUUAGACGUUUUACAGUACUUUAAUGUUUUAUAAAAUCUGAUUUCUUAUCAAAUUAUGCUGCCUCGACGAAAACGCCUUUUAGCGAAACUGCCUUAACGCGUAACCGCGCUAUGCUUAUCGAGCUAGAUUUAUGGUCUAAAUAUUAAGGAUCGGAAAUGGAGCGGAUGAGGUUGUAAGUACUUUGUUUAAAAUCGUUGAUCUAUGAGACUGCAAGGUUUUUUUUAAGUCACAGACCACAAUUUAAAUUAGGCUCUGACCCUGUUGUCCCGACGUGAGGAAAUUCAGUUAUAAGGCGGCUACUUAAUAAGGUUCCUUACAUAGGAGGCUGCGGCUGUAGCACGUUCGCAUUUUUAUAAUUUGUCACUAUGCCUGUCACAUUCUAACAAGUAUAUAGGUGCGAAAGUGACAGGCAUAGUGACAAGUGAUAACAAUGUCGCGGUCGUUAUCGCUUGGCACUAGGCCUAUCACUUAUUAGAGCCGCUACACUGUAUUUAUUUUAAGUAGAAACGGUUGAUGAAGAAUUUAUAGUUAUCAAUAAAUACAGUUUUAUGAUGUACUUUUUAAAUAAAGUCUAAACAACCUUGUAAAGCGACUGACUAUAACGUAGAUUGGUUAUUAAAAUCAUCGCUAGCAUUUUAAAUAUUUAACACCAUUAAGAGGGGAUGGCCUUACUGAACAGUAUUAAAUUUUAACUUUGGCGGCGUGGCUUUGCUUUGAUUAAAAAUAAAAACAUAAUGAAAAAUAUAAAAAAAUACGUCUCUCUAUUCUAAAUUGAGCUAUGCCGGUUAGUUCAUAAGUUUGAUAUAUUUUGCUUCAGAAACAUUCCAAGGCAGAUAAGUAGCAAAAUUAUAUCAUGAUAAAUUUUACUGUACAAAAAUAUACUAGAGUGUAAAACAUGCAAAAUUAUUAUAAGUUUAUGUUAAAGGAAAAUAAUACCAACCAAUUGUAUACAUACGAAAGACAUUAUUUACUUCGUGAUUGAUAUUUAGCAUCUUUCUCACUUAAAACCGUGAGGAACUGAAACAACUCAUAAUUUAUGGCCUACGGGGUAAAUCAAAGCUUCUGAGUAAACGGGAAUGUAUGUAUUUAUAAAUAUUAUGUGAUAUUUAAAUCUCAGAAGACAAUACAUUCGUUUCCAGCUAAGUUAUAAAAAAAAAUGAAAUCUGAUAGAAAAAUAUUUGCUGUGUUGGGUGAGGUCUUGGUGGCUCAGGUGGCAGAGUACUGGGCUAGGGAUUCAGUGGUCGUGAGAUCAAGUCUCACUCAAGACAGUUAAUUUUUCCAUUUUCUAUAUCUAAGCUUAAUAAAUAACCCCCAUUUAUUAUUUGACUUUUUCAUACGUAUUACGACCACAAUAAUCUACUGCCUAGAAACACUUCGUCGAAUUUGGUCAAAUCUUAUAACAUGAUAAUGUGCCAGAAUUACUUCUAAAUCUUAAAAAAUCCAUAAAACUCUUAUAAAUCUAAAACGAGCAACACUUAUAAGGAAAUUAAUGGUAUUCUAUACUAUUUUAAAUUCAUAUUAUUAAAGACCUGGACGUGGUACGCUUUGAACAUGCUUUGACCUAGAUUUUUUUUUCGAUUUAGAAAUAAUUUUAGCUCUUUCACAUUUCACUUUUAACAGUUUUAACGUCCGACAAAUAAUGACGCACAGUCAGCAUCAAAAGUAGCGGAUGAAAAAACGCGCCAAAAGUGUCUGAUAUUCGGGAUAACUUUUCCAAAUAUAGAUAAAUUUCUAGAAUUCGCGUUCCAAAGUAUAUCUUUUACAGUCUUUGUUGUUCUAUAUUAAAGA